AUGCCAAACAGUCUCAUGUCAAGCGCAUCGGAAAAUAUGGCUGAAGAUGCGAAUGCGCAAAGCUGGUCACUGCUCAACGAAUACGAGUUCUUUCCUUCACUGCCUUCUAGCUACGAGGCCGAGCAGACUCAGACUCACGACGAGAGCGCAGCGAGCCUCCAAUACUCAUCGCUGUAUCGCGAGCUCGGGAUUGACAUCCACAUUGAGACGCCGCAUCUCUUGCACGACGCAUUCCCCAAGGCAGGCGCAGAAUUUCCAUCACCAGAAACCGCAGCGUCCGAUGUCUACGCGGCCAGUAGUCCGACGCCGGAUUUGGGACGCCAACUGGACUGCGAAAUGCGACUUGCGCAGCUCAAUCUGGAUCUUUGCCGACAGCUGAAAGCGCAGAUUCUCUGUCCGACGCGGUGUGCGGAGGAUGGUACGGAGAAUCGCACGUCGAACACGUCGUACGCAUUAAGGGACGUCCUUCGAAGCACGGAAAGCUACAUACAUGUUCUUCAGAGCCUAGUUGCAUCCAGCGAUGACGGAGAGAGCCUAGGACCGCUUCGUCCAUCCCGGACAACAUCAUCUCCUCUUACAUUUCCCUGCAUGUUGAACCUCACGUCGUGCUUCUUCCACAUCGUGGAUCUUUUCAGCGCGUUCCUGGAGAACCUCACCAGAGAGAUUGACACGCACAAUCUCGGCUCCCCAUCAGGAAAGUUCCAUAUCCUGCCAGAGCUGAAGCUCGCAGGUCUGCCGAUUCACGAAGCCAGUCUUCAGAUCAAGAUCCUUGUCCUCGCAAUCUCGCAUCACUUCGAGACCAUGGAGCGGCUUUUGAGCUUACCGGCCGAGCUACGCGUGUCGCCCCAACCGGACAUCGGCACCCGCGGGCUGUUGCCUUCGCAUUGGGUAACGACGAUGCUAAUCUAUACAAACGUCUAG